AUGGGCAUCCGCCCAUGUGCACUGAUCCUGGCCUUCUUCGUCUUGUUCGGCCUCUUCGAGCCACUGGCGAAGCUGGUCUCGGUCCUCAGUAGGGGCACGGACAGUGCCGAAAAGCGCGAGCAGAGAGCACGGGCUGAGCUCAGUUCCCUCGUCUCUGCUGCGUCAUUUUCGCCUGUGCCCUGCAAGGGGCCCAAGUUGAUCGUUCAUGUUGGGCCACAGAAAACGGGAACCACAGCCAUUCAAGAAUUCCUGGUGGAGAAUGCCGGCUGGCUUCAGGAGCAGUGGGGCGUCAGUUUGGGCUGGCAUGGCAAAGGAAAAGCAGUUCAGGAGUACAUUGUGCAUCCACUUGUCUAUAUCUGCAAUAGGAAGAGGGCCGUCUUGGACGAAAGGGGGAUGUCAGAGAAGACGGCGAAGCAGCAACUCAAGCAAGGGCUGGACGUUCUCCAGUCCAAACUGAACUCAUCUCACGUGGUUGUAUUGUCCAGCGAAGGUUUCCAGAAGUUCAAUGAAACAUCCUGGCAGUGCUUGAAGUCUGAGAUUCGGGCAGACAUUUGCCAAAUUGCAGUGAUAUUUCGCCGCAAUUCCGCUACGUGGUAUGCAGCACGCUGGUCGCAAGGCUCCAAGCACGCGAGUCCCCCGCCGAGCUUCUCUUCGCAUCUGGCCGCACAUGCAGGAGACAGCGACGCACAGCUGCAGCAGCUGAACAGGCUGAGAUUGUUUGACAGAGUGAUUCCCGUUUCCUAUGACUAUCUGAAGGAGGUCAACUGCAGUGGAGCAGCCUUCCUGAUCUGCAAUGCUAGUCUUGGCCUGACAGGCAACAAGUGGUAUCAGUGCAGGAAUGCCGUGAAUGGCCGUGGCUCCAAGCUUUGGAACAAGUCCCCACCUCAUGCAGCAAUUGAUGUCGUUCGAUUGGCCCGGGAUUUUUACGAGAUCAAGCAGGCAAUGCGAAAAAACGCUUCGAGAUGCAAGCCCUGGCCAGUCGGCUUUUUCAACGAGGACUAUUUUCGCAGGCACCCUUAUAUCAUGACGUCCACGAACCCUGCUGUCAUCCAGGUGGCGAAAGAGAUCCCGGUCAAGUGUGAAAAGUUCGACGGCUUGUUCCGCAGCGAGACUGAGAAGUGGUUUUCGUGGACCGGCGCCAAAAGGCCCAGUUCUGGCUCCAAGGACAUCUGUACUGCAGAUGUUGCUUCCUUCGAAGCGAAGCACUGGCGGUUGAUCGGGAAGAUCGCGCCCGGCUGCUAG